UUCAGUCAUUUUUAGGGCAUUUCGGUGGAAUUUUUUUUGACAAUUCAGCUCCGGACUGCUUCUUCCGGUGGAAUUCGAUGUUCUCAUAGCGCCUUUCGGUGUUUUUUAGGUGCCGUUCGGCAAUUAGACGGACCUAAACAUAUAUCCCAAAACUCUUAGUCUUACACUUUAAGGAAACAACUUGUUAUGCCUAGGCGGGAACUUCUCUCUAUUAAUCAUCAAUGUGUUUCAAUUCAUUUUACAUGUUACAAAUAGUGUAGGGAUUGUACUGAUCUGCAUUCAAAGUUGAUCCUUAUUUUCAGUAGGACCUCGAUCGCAGGGAUUUUUUUGCAAAAUUCCUGCAGCAUGUUAAAGCCAACAUGAUGCCUGCGGAAGAUGAUCGCCUCGUCUUCCUGGAAAAUCCGGCUUGGUUGGCAAGACACCUGUAUUACCAUAUUGGCUUGACUGCAGGCUUGAGCUUGAUUGAGGGAGGAUCAGCACCUACAUUCCUCCAUCAUGAAAUUGAGAAUUUGCACACAGAGCAGCUGCGAGAGCACCAACACCAGUUUGAGAAAGGCCUGAGUCGUGCAGGAAUUAGGCAGCUGAUACAUGCAAGGCCGAGUGUGAUGUUUCUCCUGCUCCCCUCCACUUCUACUGGGUUGACCGUUCAAAAGAUUCUCCAUCUUCUGCCACCAACGUUCAGUCAUGAGGGUUCGAAUGAUCGCCGGGCCAAACAGGCAAUGUACUCAAAGUUCGUGAAAUAUAUUCGCAAGGUUGCAGCUGGAAGAAGACCGCCAAUCAAUCUUGCAAAAGUCUUGAUGUUUGCAACAUGAGCUGGAGCCACUGCUUGGGGUUUACCCCGUUCCCUCAAUAGUGUUUCAUCGAGCUGAGGCCACUUUGCUGCCAGUAGCGCACACAUGCCUCAAUCAACUGCAACUCCCUCUUGCAAUGGCAGAGGACAACGUGCUCUUCAAUGCAUUCGAUUUGUCCUUUGCAAAUGAUUACUUUGGAAUGGGUUAGCUAUGCUCUGGUAACCUGGAAUAUAUUAAAUGUUUCAUCUCAUUGUACAUGCUCAAGGCAUCUUCAACUGUUAGAAUAUUUGCGGUUUGGAAAGUGAGGAACAGUUCUGCUUCUAGUAGUGGCUCCAGCAGAUGAAGAAUAGGGUGCACUUCAACUGCAUCUACGUGUUCUUCUUCAUUCUCUCCAGUAUCAUCCUCCACUCCGAAAUGAAGUAUUUCAUCCCUAAAGUAUGGUCAUAGUGUAAGCAUUACUAGUUGUAUAAAACGUGUAUUACAAGUGAGAGUAAGAAUCUAAAAAACUAAUAAAAUAAUCUACAAAACUGAAAAUAAUAUUUGUAAAAA